AUGUCCCUUGACCGAUUAGUUAAAUACCGAACUUCCGGAGAGCAAACAUUCUCUUUGUUCAAAACAAUGGCGUGUAACAAAGCGAAACCGAGUGAUUCUAUUGAUCUUGAAAAGUUAAGUGUGCGUAGCCUGAAGGUUUAUUUAAGAGACAGGGGUGCUCAUGUGUCAGGUACACGACCCGAGCUUGUGAAAAGGGCGAAGGGUGUUCAAGUAAUGAAAUUUAAACCGUUGCAGGAAUUGAAAGCGAACGAUUUGGAAAAUACCGAGCAUCGAAAAGUCCAGAAAUUUACCACUGUAUUUAACGAAAAUUUGCCUGAACCUUGGACAUUAAAUGACAAUUGGGAAAGUGACAUUGAAAAAAUUCCUUUCAUGAGAACUGGUGAUUUAUAUAACUAUUUGGUUUUAAAUAGAAAUCGAACUUUUGAUUCGAACUCGACGAAUGCUAAACGCCAGUUACGAGCCAAAGUAUUUUAUGAAGACAAACAUGUCCAUGCCAUAAUGUACCACAACAUCACUGUUAAAUGUACACACUGUUAUGUAAAAUGUAAAGUUAUUCCCAGCCUGCCAACUGGAACAGUAAAACAGAAACCGGAUUACGACGUAUGGGUGUCAUUAUCCAAAGUGUCUGGGAAUGUACAUGCUGCUGGAUGUACCUGCAGUGCAGGGGAAGGCGAAUCAUGCAACCAUAUUGCAGCGUUGUUGUAUGCUCUUGUGGACAUCAGCACAAAGAAGAAAGAUGGACUGCAAUCUUCUACUUCCACCACCUGCAAAUGGAUACAGCCCCGGAAGAGACAUCUGAGUCCACAAAAAUCUCAGGAUUUAGUUUUUAAAAAACACAAAUUUGACCCUAGUAGCAGAACACAAACAGUUUCUAACAAAAGACAGAACAACACCAGCAACAUUCAACCAAUGGAUGCAUCCAGUUUGUGCCAGAAAUUGAAACAAUGUGCUCCUCAUGCAGCAAUUUUAUUGUGUGACACCAGUUCGUUAAAUGAAAUUGAAAUCACACCAGAAUCUGAUGUACCUGUGUUACACAACAUAAACUUUAUGUAUGGUGAUAAUGUUAAUCUAAUGAACAAAGAAUGUACAACAUAUUUUGAAGACUAUUUCUAUUCACUAAAGUGUUCUGAAGCAGACUGCCAUAUAAUUGAAGAAAAUACCAAACGACAAUCCAAAAGCUAUCAGUGGAAGGUUGCUCGUGUUGGCCGAUUGACCAGUUCUAAUUUUGGCACCAUAUAUAAACUUAAAGACACCACACCUCCAGACAACACAUUAAAAACACUUCUUAAUUAUACUGAAUUUCAAGUAGCAAGUGUUAGGUGGGGGUCUUCACAUGAAGCUGCUGCCAGACGUGUGUAUUCGAAGAGUAUACAGAAAAUUCACCCAGCUAUGAAAAUUAUGCAGUGUGGUUUAAUUGUUAAUUCUCUUUACCCCCACUUGGGAAGCAGCCCAGAUGCUCUUCUGAACUGUACACAUUGUGAACAAAAUGAUGGAGUUCUUGAAAUUAAAUGCCCAUACAAGUACCGUUUUAUGUUGCCAUCAGAAGCAGCCAAAGACAAAGCAUUCUGUUGUGAAUUAGUUAAAAAUAAAGUCCAGUUGAAAAAGAACCAUGUUUAUUAUUUUCAAAUACUUGGACAACUGGCAAUUACGAACAGGAAAUGGUGUGAUUUUUUCAUUUGGACUUUGAAAGGACACUCAGUUGAGAGGAUUCACUUUGAUAAAAAUGCUUGGGAAAAUCUGUUGUCAAAAUUAAACAAAUUUUAUAAAUCUGCUGUCAUUCCAGAGCUUUUCUCAGAAAGAGUUAAGCGUGGAUUAACUCUGUUCAAGUAAACAUGACUAACAUUUGCUGAAACUAUUUCUCUUAAUUUGUGUAGUUUCAAACAUGAAUAAUUUUCAUUAUCUUUUAAUAUUGUUUUAAUGUUGAAAGAACAUAUAUGUUGUCUGAUAUUCAUUUAUGUUAAGUUACAGUGGAUGUUAAUAACGUCAUGUGUAUAUUUCUAAAUAGAAUACAUAAAUAUAAAAUCACAUUUAACAUUGAAUGUAUUAAUUAGUAGUACAUCUCUUGUAAAAAAAAUUCACGUAGGUGUUUGUGUUCAGGGCUGAAAUUAAUAUUAACAAAUAAUUUGCAGCUACAUAUGGGUCUGAGAAACAUUUCCCAAUUUGUAACUUUUAUCAACUGCAUUUGUUUUUAAGACAAAUCAAUUAUUUAAAACAGUUUAAACAGUAUUUUGAGAAAAGCUUCUUACAAAAUAAAUAAAAUGCAGCAUAUAAGUUGGAAGUUUAUUAUUUAAACCUCGAAACACAUUCAUCAUCUCAGUAUACUAAAGUUUAUUUAGUGAUAGAUCACUAAACAAUGGUCGGCUGGUUCUAUAGUUCACAACUGUAGAUAAAAAGAACCAGUCAAAGCAAUUAAUCAAUCAAAAGAUUGGUGUUUCCGAUUAACUACGGACGUUUACGGAGAUUACCGAGUGUAUCGGUACAGGAGGGGUGUAUCCUAAUAUGUAUUAUUUAGCUUUUGAAUCAUAACAUAUAGGUAUACUGAUAAUACUGCGCAUCACUAGUAAUUACAUGUAUGAACUUUUUUUAAUUUACAAACUAGUGCGUACAUGAAUGCUAAAUGAUGAAGCAUGUCCACAUGUAAUAGAUUUUUAAAAAUGUUAUCAAUGUUAAUCAGUCAUCUUCAUCAUGAACAAGUGGGGGCAACAAAUUGGAUAAACCAACACAAAUCUUCCAUAUUUUAGUAGCUUGGUGUGCUAAAGUAAUUGGUAUAACACCUUGUAAAAUUCUGAAAUUUUUGACACGUUCCAUGGCUCGUUCAACAUCUAUUCGAAGAUUAGCAAUCCUUCUUGUUUCCUCAACUUGUCUUCUUGUGAAACGUUGGUAUUUUAAGGGUGGAAUAAUUAACCUAAUUCCUCUUGGAAUUGUUAAAUCUGAGAUAAGGAAACCUUUGUCAGCCAUUAUGGAAUCGCCUCUUUGGCAAAGGUCCAGUAUGCCACAAUUUAGUGUCAGUUGUUUGUCACUAAUACUUCCUGCCCACAGGUCAGAAGCAAAUGUUAUUACACCUGAUGGGCUUAUUCCCAAAAGAGCUUUGUAAGUCAUGUGUGAUUUAUAAUGUGAAAACAUUAAACUUUUAUUUUUUAAUGA